CGUCAGCUUAUCGACGGAAUUUAUGCAUUUUCAAUAUAAAAACAUUCGGAGAGUCGUAAAAUUGAGCAAAAAGUGGUACUUUUAUCGGAAAUGCAGUAAGAAAUGUACUCGCUUUUCGUGUUCAUUAUUCUGUACGCUAGAAUCGAUGCAAUUUCAAAGGAUAAAGAUGAUUAUGAGAGUGGCAGCGACUUAGGAGCUAGUCUAGUGUCGUCAUUGAGAAAUGAUGCUAACUUGGAUCUGUCAGUCGACGAGGAGUACGAGGAUCUGCGCGCUGAGCUCCUGGCUUACCACUCCGCUCUAUCUUCCCUUGCAUCGUCACGACGCUCUUUGUUAACGACACCGUGUUGGUCUAUUGGAGGCAUUUGCAUCAAUUACAAACUGUGCCCGUUCGAUAGGCGCCUCACAGAAGUACCGGGUUGUAAAAACAGAUUAAAAGUUUGCUGCUUCGUUUGGAACCGCUAUGAAGUACGAGACAUGACAGACCAAGGAAUUAGCAAUUUGGCUUUCCCUUGGAGACCUCAAAUUGACUUCGGAGGUGAAGGAAUUGUCUUGAAGACAAAGAAGCCAAAAAAGAAGAAGAGAAUCAAAACGUCCACUGUUAAACCUACAGAAAUAAUAUUAAAACGUGAUGUAUUAUUUUAAAUAAAUAAAAUAUGAGUACGCCAACAUUCUAUUU